AGUGACCAUGUAGCGAACAUAACCUCGUUCUAGUAACGAUGCGUGAAAGUAUAGAGACAGAGAGAGAGAAGAGAGCUAAAAUUUGGAAUAUAUGUUCCAGAUUAUUGCCAUGUGCAAUGUUUACUUUAUAAUUAAUUCAAAAAAUUGUUUAUUUUACGGAAAUAUUUUAUGAAAUAAUUUUGGAAUGUUUUUAGUGUGAUUAUUAUGUUUAACGCUACAGUGUUAGAAUAUACGUUUGACGUGUUUACAUUUUAGUAGUCUGAAAUUUUUGUGUAUUGAUGAGAAUAUAAGACUUGUAAAAAUGACUUUUCUAAAUAUUUACAGUCCAAGAGGAUUUUUGAGUUUAGGAGAAUUUUCAUUAAAUGUGAUUCAACGUUGUGCUACUUCUACCAGAAAACACAAAACAGCUGGAAUUAUUGUAAUUGGAAAUGAAAUACUUAAAGGUCAAGUGAAGGAUACAAAUUCACACUUUAUAUGUAAGCAUCUUUACCGUUGUGGUGUCAAGGUUGAAAAAAUUUCAGUAGUGAGCGAUGAUGUUGAUCAAAUAGCAAAAGAAAUCAAGGAGUUUUCUGGAAUGUUUACACAUGUUAUCACCUCCGGUGGUAUUGGACCUACUCAUGAUGAUGUAACUUAUGAAGGCCUAGCUAAAGCUUUUGGAGACAAGCUACAUAAACAUCCAACCUUGGCAGAAAUAAUUAGAACAUAUUUUGGAGUAGCAGAUCCUUUGUCUCCUGCUUACAAACUAGCUUGUAUACCAAAAAAAGCAAUUCUUAAGUUUGGAAUUAACAAAACUACUAGUGUUCCUCUCAAUUUUCCAUGUGUGAUAUUAGAAAAUGUUUAUGUUUUUCCUGGUUCACCUGUCUUUCUACAAACAGGUUUCGGAAGUUUAUAUAAGAUUUUAUUUAAUACUGGACACCGCUUUGCACAUGAAGAAUUGUACCUGAAUGCCGUCGAAAGUAAAUUUGCAGACGCUUUAACUGCGGUGUCUAAAGAAUUUCCGAACGUAAUAUUUGGAUCUUAUCCAGAAGGGGAAAAUGACUACCAAGCGCGAAUCACGAUAGAGAGUAGCAGUGAGUCGGAAACAAGGAAAGCUAAGAAAAAGUUUUGUAGUCUAAUACCACCUGACAUAAUAGUAAAUAAACCGUCAGAUUGAUAAUCGGUGUAUUUUUAAGAAAUAGGCACUAUUUGAAUCGCUUUGCCAGUACAAAUAUAUCAAUUGUUUUUUAAGUUUUAAAGGCGAUGUUUGUAAACUAUUGACGUAGAAGUUAAAAAUAGAAUCGCACGUGUACAUUUUACAGUAAAAAAAAUACUUGAGUAUUAAAAAAACAACAGGAAAACUACACUUUAGUUUUUUUUUCAUCACACGAGCUGGUUCAACAACCCUUGGUAGAAAUUCUUUUCCCUCCUUCACCUCGUCGUUUUUGCUUUCUUACAAAAUUUCAUUUCGAGUUAAAGCAUUUCUAGUUUUUCCUUUGAAAGUUUAAAAUGAGGCCGCAAGUGAGUGUACGCGGGAGGAACGUGCCCUUUCACAGACAUCUUUUUUACUUCUCCUUUUCCUCUCUCGUCGCGUCUUCUUUCGACAAUUGCUUGCAAUGCGCGAACAGUAGAAAAGGAUAAAUUUCUAGCAUGCUUUUCAAUUUAAUAUUAAUCUCACAUGCCUGUCGGUGCGUUUCAAUUUGCUUUUCUUUUUUCUGCUUGGU